AUGGACGGCUCACUGGACUUCAAGACCUUGAGGGAAUCGCUCCAGGCCGCCCUGGUUGCCACGACCCGAACCGCCAACUCGAUUGCCAGCGAGGAUCUUCAGUUCCAGCGCACCGUCAACCCGACUGUCGGUAGUCAGCUCGACAACAGCUCCGGCCGCCUCCUGUCCCUUGCCAACGGGCUCCUAAAGUCGACUGCCAAUCUCACCGGCCAGAAGGUUGGCGCUCUUGAAGAUGCCGACGAUGUGGACAUUCAGUGGCGGAACAUUGUCGACGUGAUCGACUCGCUGCUCGAGAAAGCCGACACCUGCCUCGACGAGUACACCGGAUUGAUCAAGCGGAAGGAUGCGCCCACCACCGCCGACCAGGGUCGCACUCAGAAGCGCGUCAAGUCGUCCAACGAUCGUCUUGACUGGUCAUUGAAGAGAGCCAACAUUCUCAAACCCCAGAACAAUUUCGAGAAAAAGGUCGAUAACUUCGCUACCGGCCCUUGGAAGCCCCUGUUGUCGUCCAAGCCUCAUGCCAAGGUGUCACUGGAGGACAGCUUGACAACAUUUGUCGACAAUGACAACAACACACAAUACCAGCAUCCCUACGAAACCGAGAUCAAGACGACACCGUAUCCUGAGCAUGUGUACAAGAAGCGAGAACCGAAGGAGUACCUUCCCGUCGAUUCGACAUCCGCCAUAUGGGUUGAUACUUACGAGGGCGUCUUGGAGAUGUUGGAAGAGCUCAAGCAGGCCAAGGAAAUUGCGCUUGACUUGGAGCAUCACGAUUUCAGGUCUUACACCGGACUCCUUUCGCUCAUGCAGAUCAGUACCAGAGAGAAGGAUUGGGUGAUUGAUACUCUUCAACCUUGGAGGCAUAAGCUUGAGGUUCUGAAUGAGGUCUUUGCGAACCCCAACAUUGUCAAGGUUCUUCACGGUGCUUUUAUGGAUGUCAUCUGGCUGCAGAGAGAUCUCGGUCUUUACGUUGUCGGACUUUUCGAUACAUAUCAUGCUUGCGCCGUUCUCGGAUACCCUGGAAGGAGCUUGGGAUACCUGCUUAGCAAGUUUGCCGAGUUCGAAGCCGACAAAAAGUAUCAGCUUGCAGACUGGCGCAUCAGACCUCUUCCCGAGGAGAUGUUCUACUAUGCGCGUUCCGAUACCCACUACCUGCUCUACAUUUUCGACAUGCUCAUCAAUGAACUCGUGGAGCGCUCAACACCCGGAAAGCCGAAGCCUGACCUUCUCGAGCAGGUUCUCGAGAGGUCAAAGGAUGUCGCCCUGCAACGAUACGAAAACCCUUCCUACAACGUCGAAACCGGCCAAGGACCCCGCGGGUGGUAUAAUGUGCUGCUGAAGUCCCCAACACUCUACAACAGCGAGCAAUUUGCCGUCUACAAGGCUGUGCAUAAAUGGCGCGACGACUUGGCUCGCCGUGAGGACGAGAGCCCGCCGUUCUUCAUGACACAGCAGGUUCUUGCCGACAUUGCCCGGAUACUCCCGACCGACAAGAAGGCUCUGUGGAGUAUUCUGGAUAGCAAUGCCAAGGGCCUCAAGCCUCAUCUGGAUGAGCUGUUCGACGUCAUUCAGAAGGCCAAGGAAGCUGGAGUGAAUGGUCCCAAGAUGAUGGAUAUCUUCAAGAGCGACUCAUCCAGCCUUGCUCCCGCCAAGGUUGCCGCGGUCAUCGCCGACGAUAGCGACAUUCCGGACGUCAAGGAGCUCAAGGCUGACCGGUCCCAGUUCUGGGGCGGCGUCACUUUGAGCUCGGUUUGGGACGGCACGGCCGCGAAGACUGCCAAGCUUGACGGCAUGUUGGAGAUCACCCUCCCUUAUCCCGCCGAUUUCAUGGACGGAACCGCGACUGAGAUGGAGGUUGAUCAACCAGAGGAGACGGCGCCAGAGCCCCAGCCGGUGCCGGAACAGGUGAUAGUCAACCAGGAAUUCACUCUCAGGAGCGGAGGCAAGCGCAAGCGCGAGGAAGAGUCCGAGGAGGAAGAGGAGGCCUCGGAUGCCGAAAUGGAGGAUUCCGCGCCUCAGACCGAAACCGAUGCGCAAACUGGUGGCGAGGCCGAGGGUGACGAUUCUGACGAGGAAGAGGAGGAGGAGGAAGAAGCAAGCGACAAGUCAUCCAAGAAAUCCAAGAAGGCUGCCAGGAAGGAGAAGAAGAAGCAGGCCAAGGAAGCUCUCAGGGCCCAGCGAAGGGCAGAGAAGGCCGCCAAGAAGGAGGCAAAGAAGAAGGCCCAGGAGGAAGCUGCUGCUGCCGCUAAGCAGGCGGAGAGUGAGGAGGAGAAGGAAGAUCAACCGUUUGAUUACUCCCAGGCUGCGUCGGUGUUGCGUGCUCGCAAGACUCAGGAGGACGUCAAGAAGGCGAAUAAGAGGUUUAACCCGUAUGGCAACAAGUCUAAGGAAGGACCUAAGGGCGCAAGAGCGCAUUACUCGGCCAAGGCGGCUGGCAGGACGGCUACGUUCAAGAAGUGA